UAAGACGAGAAACUUCAGACGAACCAAUGAGAAAAAAGUGAGCUCGAGUCACGUGAGUUACUAUCAAUAUUGGUGAUGGAUCCGGUACCUGUAGAGAGGAAUAUGGAACAAGUUUACCCAGAGAGUCGAGACGAAAAGCAGCCGCAAUGCCGAGUAACAGGGGAAAGCCGACUAUGGAGAUAUACCGUCCUCCAAAUGUCAGGACUGAUAUAGUUACGAAUGGUGUGUCGCCCAUUAGUGCACGACUGAACGUUCACGCCAAGGAAUUCACUAUGAAGUCAGGAGAUAUCAGCAUGUCAAGGUCUAGCAGUCACGUACCUGCAGCUCUAAACAACCAUAUCAAUAAUAAUAUGGCCUACAAGGAUGGUAUUCGUCAUUCUCAUUAUUUGCAGACUUCAAAAUCUAGUGGUAAUAUAUUGCACUCUAUUCAGCACUCAAAAUCAAGUGGAAAUGUCAUGCAUUCACUGUCUCAAAGUGUAUCCAGUGGGAAUAUUUUACAGGGUCCACGAGUUCAUUUUCAACUGGACACAACUAAGCACAGUGAUGUACCAGAAACUGAGUCUCCUCCUAAAAAUUCCUCUCAGGAUUUUGGAAACAAAAUACCAAUGAAGUCCUGUAGUGUUUCAGAGAUGAAAUCUGUUCUUGCAGAAGGGAACAGAAUCAUUAACUCUGAUAUAAAUGAUGUUUCUAACAGUAUCAACCAAAAAUCCUUCCGCCCCCAAUCAAUGAUGUUGCCUCUUGGACUGAAACGCUCCAAGAGUCUUGGUGCAGCUGACAUGCUGGCAGCUAAAAACUCAACUUCCUUUGGCAUUGCAAAGGAAGCACCAGAUCUGGGAACUUUCUCUCUGGAAGUCCAGACCUGCAUCCACAGAGCAGUUGAUGAUCCUAACAAGGUGUCUGCUCGAAUGUUGAUGGAACUUGUCCGUCAAAUAAUGGAUCGUGUAGUAGGAAGUGUGUCAUAUGCACUUCCUGCUGCAAAACUUUGUAUUACUAUUAUUGAGAAAGAGAAGAAGGAAACAUUUUUGGAAUCUCUUCUGAACACUUGUCAACAAUGGUAUCAUGAAAGAGAGCGUGUUCUACGAUCUACUCCAAGUGGAUCAAAUCUACGUUAUUGUGCUUUUAUGCAGUUUCUUAAUGAAAUGUAUUGUGAGUUAAAGAGGCGUCAAUUACAACUGAAAACACAGUAUGAAGGAGUACCACCAGGUUUAGUUCUUUUGACAUUGCUAUAUAAAUGUUGUCAGGAUUGCCUCAAACCUCCAAGUACUCAGGGAGAAACAGACAGUCUCUUCUUUGUCCUCACUUCAGUGGGCCGUGACUUGGAGCAGGAGCUGCCUGGGAAACUCCAGCAACUUCUAAGCAGCAUUCGAGAUGCGUUCCUCACCACAGGCUCAACACCCGCUGUCAAGAAGACAUUGUUGCAGUUAAUUGAAUUGCAUGCUUCUAAAUGGCAGUUGCCUGCAUCAGCUGUCAUGUAUUACACUACCAACCAAUGAUCUUAGAACAUGAAAACUGAUGUAUUUUAUCUUGACAUUAGGUAAAUAACAUUGUCUUAGUACAAUACUCAUUUGAUAUGUAUUUUAUUUCACAUAAAAUACAAAUCUAAUGAGGUUUAUUUUGAAAAUAAUAUAAAUGAAAAUAACUACUGUUUAAACAAUUGAACAGUAACAUUAUUUUCAAUAUGUGUUUCUUGCAUAUUUUUACCUCUUGAAAGAAGUGGUAUUUUCAGUGCUGUAUUGUAGAUGUCUUCAUCUGUUUAUUUUAUUUUAUUUUGCAAGACAGGUUUCUGUAUGGCAGACUGUUUUGUUUGAAUGUUAAAUAUCUCAUACAGUAACAAUUUCAUUUUUUUAUUGUCCUAUUAAUAAAAUGCAUAAAAAUUAUUUGUUACUGGACCUGUCAUGGUAGUGAGUGGAUGAUGAGAGAAAUAAGUUACACAUGUUGCAACAUUUGUGUAACAAGUUGACUGAUGGCUAUUGUUCUAUUUAUAGUGUGUUUUUCUCAAAACAUAUAGUAAUUUUUUCCAAUCAGUAUCAUCCAUCUUGUACUAAUGUUUUCUGUUAAGGAAUAACUCAUUAAAAUGUUUAACAUGAGAGAGGGUAUAAGCUAUUGUCUUUAUAGCAGUGAAGAAUGAUAUUUCUCCCUCCUCUGAAGUUACAUAUAAAACACUCAGAUGAUUGGCAACAAAGAGAAAUCUCCUGAAACCAAAAAUUAGCAGUAAAUAUCGUAUUUUGUGUAAUAUUUCUUUUGAUUUCCAUGUUAACUUAUAACUAAAACAAAUAGGUGUGAAUUGUGUUCACCUUGCAAUAAAAUGUCCCGUGUCUACUUUUUCCCUUAGUUUAAAUUUUUUAAUUUUUAUUCAUUCCUGGCCAGUUGGAGCUAAAGUGCCUUGAGUAGAAACACUCAGUUUUAGGUGUGGCAUUUUGUAAUUAAACAUUGUUUCAUUACUGGUACAUAGACUUCGUAUCAGAUUUUGUAUGCAAAUAUCUAGUCUUGACCUAAUAAUUAUUCUGCACUACUUUGUUAAUUUAGACUAUUGCUUUUGUAUAUCCCAAGUUUUUAUUUAGAACAAUUAAUAUUUAUAAAACUGUAAAUUGUAACAAAUGUGUAAGAUAAUUUGGUGGUCAAAGUGCCUUAAUGUUUUUUGAGCAAAUUGUAAUAAUUAUUAAUAAUAAUAAUGAAAAAUGCAUGAUGUGCAUUUUAUGACUAAAAAGCAUUAUACCAAAUAAAUACUUGUUCUUGCUAGACCAUAUGGCAUGCAGUGUUAGAUUUCAGGUGCAAGCUUAUGUUACUUGUUUAUAGAAACUCAUCAUUUUUGUGCCAAACCAUAUCGACUCUGUUAUUGAAUUGUAUAAUUUUAAUACACGUUCAUUGGCUAGCUUUAACGAGAUACUUACAGAUAUCACAUGUCAUUAAGAGAUACAAAAAUGGUAUGUGUUGGUAUAAGUAGACACAUUUCAACCAUAAACACUUUAUGUUUAUUUUUAUGGGAUCAUUAAAUAUAUUUAAAAAUAUAUACAUAUUAUAUAGCUCUAAUGGUUGAAAAAGUGUUGAGAGUGGGUACUCGAAAAUUCAGAAAAAAAAUUGAGAAAAAAUAAAGGGAAUCUAUA